AUGUCAACUACUCGUGAACGUUAUCUUGAAUGGAAAAAUCGUUGUUUAUUACCACAAUUACCUGUUGAACUUUGGGCUCAUAUUUUUUCUUAUUUACAAAUCAAUGAUUUAUUUUCUAUACGUCUUGUUUCACGUCUAUUUUAUUCUUGUAUUAAUCAACAUACUUCAUUUUGGUCAUCCGUUAUAUUCAAUAUUGAUGAAUGCUCUAAUUAUUUAGUAACAUCUGAUCUUAUCCGUUAUGUUCGCUCAUCAAAUAUUGAUUUAUUUACAAAAUCAGAUAUAUAUUCUCAUUGUACUGUUUAUUUAAAAGCACAACCAUCAGUAAAUUCAACAAAUAAACGACGGAAACGUCAAUUAUUAAAAUCUCAUGAUGAUGAUGAUGAUAAAUCAUCCAAAAAACAAUUGUAUUUACGUUGCUCAUCUGUUCAUUUUGAGUCUCUUCGUUCAUUUGAUCAAUUACAACUUGAAUAUUUAUUAAAAAAACGUAUACGUCGAUUAGAAUUAUCUUAUGAAUGUAUAUCGAAUGAACCAUCACUUGUUUUUCUAUUAAAACUCGAACGAUUAAAACAUUUAAAAAUCUCAUUUUUACAUAAUAUUACUGAACUUAAUCCAUUUGCUAUUAUGUUAAUUAGGACAAUACGUGAUAUUAUUAUUUUAUUAUUCAAACUAAAAAGUCUUCUUGGCGAUUGUUUAUGUUUUGGUCGACCUUUCUCAUUCCAUAUUAUCUCAAAUACAUACCUUCGUGUUAUAACUGAUAAUUUCAUACAUGGAUUAAUCAGUGUUUUUGCUACAAGCUUUCUCUUUGGUUGGAAACGUCGUACUUUAUUAAUUCUAGCUUAUAUAGCUGGUUCAUUUGUUGAUAUUGAUCAUUUUCUUGAAGCACGUUCAUUAUCAUUACAUCAUGCAUUAAAUCUACAACAAGGUCGACCAUUUCUUCACAAUAGUCUUCUCUUGUUAAUAAUUAAUAUAUUCGCUUUUGGUAUUGAACACUUUCUUUGGCGAUAUCAUUAUAUUUAUUAUUCAGCGAUAUUUUUUAUUGGUUGGUCAACACAUCAUAUACGAGAUGCUCAAAGACGUGGUUUAACUUUAUUACCAUUUGGAGAAACUCCACCAAUUGACUAUUAUAUACCUAUUAUGUGCUUUGUUCUAAUGACAAUAAAAUUGUUCUAUAUGUUUGGUUUUUCGACACAGUUGAAAUCACUCAAUAUUUGCAAUUUAUAUUUAACCCAAGCCUUUCCUGAAAAUAUCUAUUUUAUUGAACAUCUUCGAAAAAUAUGCUUCGAAAAUUGUGUCAACAUUCAUUUUCUUCUAUCUGCGAUUGACAAACAAUAUUUAAAAACUAUUAUAUUACGUCAUUCAACAUGUGAUCGUACAAUAUUAACAAAUUUCCUUGAUCAACUUCAUACACUUCAUUAUCUUGAUUUGGCUUCAUUACAAAUUAUUAAAACAAAUAAUUCCAAUAAUGAACAAUUGUAUAUUCCAUCAAAAGUUAAGAUAUGUAGUUUAAAUCAUACAAUCUUAGAAUUCUCUUCUUUUCAUUCUCAUUCAUCACUACGAUCACUUGAAUUAAUCGAUAUUAAUAUCAAACAAUUAUCAAACAUUUUCAAUACAUGUCAAUCAUUACAAAUUGUGUGUCUCUUUUUUUCCAUUCAACAAUGUUCAUUAUCAUCCAUAAUCAAAUAUUUUCAACAACAUCAAUAUUCUCAAGUAUUAAUUCAUUUGCAUUUAUUAUCAAUCGAUGAUAAUGAUGAAAAAUAUAAUUUACCAUCGAAUAUUUUAAUUAUUCCAACUAAAGAAUCUUUGUGUUGUUUUUGUUAUAGAAAUUUAAUGUAA